AUGUUGGGGGAAAUAAAAAGCUACAAGGCUAAUUAUCACAACGACGGCUCCAAGUUUAUUGUCGUAUCACACAGCUACCCAACACAACAGCAGCUACCCAACACAACAGCAGCUACCCAACACAACAGCAGCUACCCAACACAACAGCAGCUACCCAACACAACAGCAGCUACCCGGCACAACAGCAGCUACCCAACACAACAGCAGCUACCCAACACAACAGUAGCUACCCGGCACAACAGUAGCUACCCAACACAACAGCAGCUACCCAACACAACAGCAGCUACCCAACACAACAGCAGCUACCCAACACAACAGCAGCUACCCAACACAACAGCAGCUACCCAACACAACAGCAGCUACCCAACACAACAGCAGCUACCCGGCACAACAGCAGCUACCCGGCACAACAGCAGCUACCCAACACAACAGCAGCUACCCAACACAACAGCAGCUACCCAACACAACAGCAGCUACCCAACACAACAGCAGCUACCCGGCACAACAGCAGCUACCCAACACAACAGCAGCUACCCAACACAACAGCAGCUACCCGGCACAACAGCAGCUACCCAACACAACAGCAGCUACCCAACACAACAGCAGCUACCCAACACAACAGCAGCUACCCGGCACAACAGCAGCUACCCAACACAACAGCAGCUACCCAACACAACAUCAGCUACCCAACACAACAGCAGCUACCCAACACAACAGCAGCUACCCAACACAACAGCAGCUACCCGGCACAAUAGUAGCUACCCAACACAACAGCAGCUACCCGGCACAACAGCAGCUACCCAACACAACAGCAGCUACCCGGCACAACAGCAGCUACCCAACACAACAUCAGCUACCCAACACAACAGCAGCUACCCAACACAACAGCAGCUACCCAACACAACAGCAGCUACCCAACACAACAGCAGCUACCCAACACAACAGCAGCUACCCGGCACAACAGCAGCUACCCAACACAACAUCAGCUACCCAACACAACAGCAGCUACCCAACACAACAGCAGCUACCCAACACAACAGCAGCUACCCAACACAACAGCAGCUACCCAACACAACAGCAGCUACCCAACACAUCAGCAGCUACCCGGCACAACAGCAGCUACCCGGCACAACAGCAGCUACCCAACACAACAGCAGCUACCCAACACAACAGCAGCUACCCAACACAACAGUAGCUACCCAACACAACAGCAGCUACCCGGCACAACAGCAGCUACCAGGCACAACAGCAUCUAAACGGCACAACGUGGGUGUCAGAACAAGUCAAUGUUUUCUGGCAUAUGCCGCAGCUGCUGAUAAACACACCAACGCCUAG